AUGAGUCGCCCACACGAUGCGCCUCGCACAUUCUUUCCCUUAGGAAAUCCUUUCAGGACUAUCUUCCCCAAGGGAUCUCAUCAAUCACUGAAGAUUCAUGCAUUGCUGUUUUCUUUUGAGCAAGAUCUGACAGAAAAAUUUACAAAACUGAUGCCUGAGGAUGUCUCAGAUGUCCUUACCUUAUCUUGGAUGAGGUUUGCGAUUCAGCUCCUAUCAGAUGCUCAUAAUGGCCUGAGGACUUUUAUUAACGAGCUUCAAUUGCCUGUUUCCCAGUGGGAUGAGAAAUGGAUUGAUGUAUACUUGGAUGGCAGCGCGAAGUUGCUUGACAUCUGCAUAGCACUAUCCUCUGGGUUAUCUCGUUUGGGUCAGGGCCAGCUUUUGCUGCAGUAUGUGCUGCAUCUUGUGGACAUGUCAACUGCUGCUCCACCAGCCCAAAAGCCUGUACAAGCCCGAUCAUAUCUUCAGGAAUGGAUUGAACUAAUCGACUCUAAAAGCCCUAAACUGGGCACUUGUCCUUCGAUCAUCAAGCGCCUUCAAGGAACUCUUGACCUCCCAAAGGUCAAGAGUUCCAAAGGGAAGGCAUUGAUGAGAGCCUUAUACGGAGUUAAAGUCAUGACAUUAUUUGUCUGUAAUCUUUUUACAACAACACUGUCAGGUAGCCCAAAAGUAUUUCCAGAUCUAAACGUUUCCGAAGAGUUCGUUUGGUAUGAUGCUUUUAGUCACUUGCAAGCUGCUGUGACAGAGGAAAUAAAGAGACUCUGUGAUACUGGCACGGUUUCAUUAUUCAAAGAGUUCGAGUCAGUUAAAGUUUGUGCUUUGAGGCUACAAGAUAUGAUUAGCAGCAUCAGUUGCAACGGAGAACCAGUGCAAGAGGAAGAAAUUGUACCUGGGAAGAGUUCCGACUUCGGAAGACAAAGGUUGCGAGAUUCUGUUACCAAUUUAGCGGACGGUGUACAGACACUCGGGCAUGAGCUAGAUUCUCUGUCGAAACAGACAAAUGAUUUUUUCCAGCUUAUUUUGGCAGGACGAGAUGCUUUGCUUUGUAAUCUCAGAGUGCAUCUUCUAACACCAGAAAAUUCUUCACUGAGGCAAGGAUUUGAUUGGUGA